ACAAAACAUGCCCAUCUUAACUUGGGGCACAUCAUUGCUAUGUGUGUUUCUCAAGCACAUCCAGUCACACAUCAUUCAUGGAUUGGAGCACUGUCCAUAAAUUGGCGUUGAUCCCUCUUGAUCACCGAGAACGGUCGCUGAAAAACCAUCGAUUACACCGCUGUGCUGAGCGGUGCCAAUAUGUUCCUCUUGUUUGAUUUGUGCGUUCCCGGAAGACAUGUGUCAAGGGAAUUGGUUGUUUGUUUGCAAGGUGUUCUUUGUGUUUCUUUGGUGAUCAAGCCUUGAUGCACGGGACAGUCAAGGGAUGGAACCCUACAUCUCGUGAACGUAUACUACUGUAAUUCUUGAUGCAUCUUGAAUAUAGCUAGUGUAGUGGCACUUCAACUGAUCCCGAGUGUGAACAAUCUGUCAGACUGGGCCGAAAAAUGUCCACCCAAACGUCGCCAAACACCUCAAGUUCCUGCAAAUCAUCGACCAACAUGAUUCAGCCUUGGCCCUUGUGGUCCAAAUGUGCAAGAGGAAAACCAAUCUGGUUGCUCUAUGGUUGGUACACCAAGUCCUCUCCUCACUAAGCUCACGGUUCCUCAAACCCCGAUCCGCUAGGAGUUCCCCAGGCAAUUGCUGCUGCAGCUUGAAAGCUGGAACAAAUGGAUCGUUGGAGUUGAAGACGAGUUCCGUCCAAUGGACGAUCCACUCCUGAGCUGUUUGGAAGUGGGACGCUCCAAAUGUUUUUUGUUUGGAGAACUGGUUCCUCAAUGUCUCAGACCAUCUCAAACCACUGAUUGUCACCCUCCUGCAUACUCGACUGUUGUCCAGAUGGAAUCAAAAAGUGACAACCUUAUCAAGACAAAAGUAAGAGAUAGUAAGAUUAAGAUGGUCUCGACUUCUAUUUGAAGGUUGUAUUCUACGUUCAGUAUAGUAGCUAGAAGCCACUAGUAGCUUCUUGUUACUAGCAGUAAUGCACUUGUUACUAGUAGCGAUGCACUUGUUACUACUUCUAAUUCACUUCCUUUUCAAAAUGAGAUCCAAGGCAGAUGGGCCAUCCUUGGAUCUAUGACGAUGAGGUCCGCAACAUCAGCGAGUUGGGCGUGUUGCCGCCGGGCACGCUGGUGGAUAUAUGUUCAGCUGACAACCGGCAAAUGGGAGUUGGACUCCUCAACAGGCAAGCUUGUAUAGUCCUCCGACGUUUGGAUGGUGUGGCCACUGGGGCGGAGGUGGCGCAGGAGCAACUCCGCUCCUGCCUGAAGACCGCAUUCGCCGCUCGAGACCAUCGCGGAUCUGGCGCCUUUUGCAGGGCCUUCCACGGAGAGCAAGAUGGCUUGCCAGGCGUGCUGGUCGAUCGCUUUGGAAGCUCUGCUGUGGUGACCUUCCAGCUAUUGGGCUCUGCGACCAUGGAGCUCAUCGUUCAGGAGGAGCUGACGCGGUGGAUCGGCAAGCUGCAACAGCUGACUGUUCAUCACAUGACCGCAAAGAAGGAGAAGUGGGCACAGGAAGGCUCGGAGUUCACCACCAACAUCACCCGAGGGACCAGCUCGCGAGUCUGCGUGGAGGAAGCAAACGCGCGCUUUGACAUUGACGUCUUGCAGGGGGUCAUACCAGGUCAGUGGAACUAUAGCCUGGAAGCCUUGCGUGCACCUCUGGCACAGCGUUUAGGAAGCUCAGGCACCGUGCUGGAUGCGUGGGCGCAAUGUGGUCAGUGGGGCCUCCGUUGUGCACAGAGUGGUGCUGCAGACGUCGUGCUCUUGGAGGAGCAACUGGGCCUGGCCAAGCUCUGCCGAGAGAACGCCGCAAAGAACGGUGUCGAGGAGAAGGUCACGGUGCUUCAUCGGAGCGACGUUCAUGGAGAGCUUCAGAACAUGGCAGAAAGUGGCAUCCGCUUCGAUUGUGUCUCCUUGAAUGUUCGCGUCCGUUUUGAACGCUACCUGAAACACCAGCGUGGGCAAUUCGGGCGCUGGUACAAGCCCAGCCUAAAGGGCUAUGAGCGUGCGAUCGCGCUGGGAGCACGAGUGACCUCCAGGAACGGCUACCUGGUGGUUUCCUUCCUCCUACCUCUCACGACGGAGUACUGGGCCUUGUGUCUUGUUCAAGAUGCAUUGCAGAAGGCAUCAAGGGCCGGCAGCAUCAUUUAUUGCUCCAGCAACGCCAGCGAGGACACUGCAGUUGCUUCAUCUACGAUGGAUGAGUAUUGGAGUCAUGUUCUGAUCGCAGUCCAUUUGGCGUGAGACGACCAAAACAGGGCAUGAGUGGGUUCGACCAGUGCUCGAAGGAGCUGAAGCAGAACGGGUCGCGAUGCACCCGUGCGUCAGUUGGACUAUCGUUUGCGAGGGGUAUGGCCCACAGGUAUGGGCAUCACAUGUUGACAUCCGAAAAAGACCUCAGCGAACAACUUGUUUAUGCGACCACCAUGUAUACAUGACUCGUGAGGCGAUUCUGGGGAGAGAGAGAAGAUGAUGAUAGCUCAGAUCCCCAGAUAACCACAAGUCUCUGUGUUGGUGUCUCCAAGUUGAUUUUGGAUAAAGAGUCUUUGGGGUUGAGCAAGGCUUGAGAUAACCCCCCCAGCUGUGGUAGCA